AUGGAGGGCGAGAUCUGCAAUGAUACCGUCCAUUCUUUAUCCAAGCUGUCCCUGUCUCGGUCUAAAUCGGGCACUGACAAGCGCCGACUAUUACUGAUAUACAUCCAUGGCUUCAUGGGCUCCGAGGCUAGUUUCCAUGACCUGCCGGCACACGUCCAUGAUCUGUUGACUGGAUUACUGAGCGAAUCUCAUGAGGUGUACACUCGCAUAUAUCCUCGAUACAAGUCUUACGGUGAGAUGCAUGUUGCAGCGGAACAAUUCAGUGCUUGGCUAUCACCACAUGAGGCAGAUGACCUGGAUGUCAUCCUACUGGGACAUAGUCUUGGCGGAAUCCUGGCAGCCGAUGUUGCCCUUUUACAAGCAAGGGACCACCAACCAAAGCAUCGCAUUCUGGGACUAGUCAACUUCGACGUCCCCUUUUUGGGGCUACACCCCCGUGUGAUUCCAACUGGCACCAGUGGCUCAGUCGCAAAGAAAGACCCAGCCGCCGAAGACAAGCUAGCGGGAGCGCAAGAAUCGCUAGGCAUGGAACCCGCCUUCAAACCCGGCACUUCAAAUCCGAAUUUCGACCCUCCAUUCAUGAACGAUGUACGCCUGGUUGAACGAGGAUUCUUCAAGGGCCUAAUGCAUUUUGUCAACAAGAACACGGACAACCUCUCACGAUCAAUAUUUGACCGUGUCGUGUCGUCCUUUAAACAUGCAGGUUGUGUCAAUAAUUACCCCGAACUUCGUCGGCGGUACCGACAUCUGGCAGAUUUGGAGGCUGCUGAGUCUAGUCCUAAGAGGGUUCGGUUCGUUAAUUACUACACCGCAAGUACUGGCCGCCCACCAAAGCCACCAAAGAAAAAGAAUACCAAGUCUUCAAAGAAAUCAGAAGACGUUGAGGACAAAGAUUCAACGCCGACCCCUUCAGAAGAACCUUCAGAGACACCAAGUCUCUCCGAAGAAGAUAAAAGAGUGAAAUCAACGAGCGAGUCAUUGCUUGAAGGACAAGAACUGAAGCCCACUUCUUUGAAUUCUACUCUGGUCGAAGGGACCAAUGAUGAAAAUACCGACGAGAAGACAAACAUUGAAAAGGAGCACUCAUUAGAUACCGGAAGUAUCGUAUCAUCCACCUCAACAGACCAAAAAGGGGCUCAAUCUAUGUCAGAAAGCAUGUCCAUCACAACCUCAGUGUCCUCGGGGUCUUCAGACACAUCGAAAGAUCAACUUCGCAAGUUCAUUCUCUUGCCCUCGCAUCAUUGGAAGUACGAGAGAAAUGCUCACUGGCACCCAAUAUUAAUGGAGGGCAUGGACGAAGUGACAGCACAUCAGUCUAUGUUUAUUCCACAAGGUGCAAACUACGACCAUCUUGUCGGAGAUACUGUGUCUCUGAUUGAAAAAUGGAUCCAGAGUGAUCUAAGUCGACGGUUUCUCCUCGAGAAUCUCGACUAG